AUGUAUCCUGUCGGAGCAUCCUCCGUUUGUUGUGCCGUCUGUAACGCCGUUACCGCCGUUCCUCCGCCGGGGACCGAGAUGGCUCAGUUGGUGUGUGGAGGAUGCCAUACACUUCUAAUGUAUAUUCGUGGAGCUACAAGUGUUCAAUGUUCUUGUUGUCACACUGUUAAUCUGGCCCUUGAAGCGAAUCAGGUAGCGCAUGUGAAUUGCGGAAAUUGCAGAAUGCUAUUGAUGUAUCAGUAUGGAGCAAGAUCUGUGAAAUGUGCAGUUUGUAACUUCGUUACAUCUGUUGGGGGUUCGACGAGCACGACUGAUAUGAAGUUUAACAGUUGA